AUGGUUUGUCAAUCGCUUUAUUUACUGUCGAAAUUGAGACUGACAAGCAGAAUCAAGAUCUGAGUAAUGCCGUCCAAAAAGGUCGCAGUGUUAAUGAGGCGGAAAACCUUAUCCCCGGUGUCCCUGAGUGCUAUAAUUACGGCAUUUAUCUGGACGAUGGAUGUGAUUACCUCAAGUACUUGAAGUCAAUGAAAGAGUUUGUCGAAGAUCCAGAAUAUGUGAGUGUCUGUUGUUUACGACUUGGGUUCCGUGUAUAUUGUGAAACGCAUAGACUUCCGAGAAUGACACAAUAUAUGAGCAAUGGCGCGCGGUCUAUCACCUGUCCUUAGUAGCAAACUAUACCGAGACGAUAUCAAGUAGAUAUCUAUCUUUCGAGACAUAUUCGGUACAUGCCGAUUUUGUCUGCCGUCCAGAUAUCCAGUAGAUGUCUAUUUUACGAGAUACUCCGGAAAUGGCGAUAGCGAGACCUUAGGCACUGCACACGCUGCGUUUACUUAACCCAGUACCCGUACAUUAUUCUUUCGCUUUCAAAUUACAUUUGUCAUCCCAUUCCUGUCCUACUAAGUCCGUUACUGUACGCCUUGGUUGAAUGACCAAAUUGACGCGACUAUGCCAACAGUGGUCAAUUACCUUGGAAUAUUUUUAUUGAAUUAAACAAUUUUGAAAGAUUAAAUAUAUUGGUGGCACUUGCGAGGAUGCAGGACGAUCUCCUGCCGAACUACCCGUAUUGUUUUCAGUAGGAUAGGAUUAAUCUUAUAAAACUUGAAGUCCACUUACCCGUCCAGUUAUUCCAGUCACUGUCCUUUUGAAUCCGUUGAACGUAAUUGUCUAAUGACCUUUUGAGUCGGUCCGUAAACUCAGGCUCCAGAUCGGAUAGCUCCGCAGCGCCAUUACUGUUCUAAGCAGCGAAAAUAUCUACAUAUGUAGACAGUGGGACACUGGAUCGAAACACACCUAAUAUGACCAUUAACCUCCGAUUGAGGCUGUCUUUUAGUUUACGCCCCAUAAAAUUCACGUGGAGGCUAAUCUCGUCCGCAAAACUCGCAAGGAAGAUGCGCUUAACGGAGUCGUCUAAGUUGUUUUCAUCUAAGCACGUGAGGAAUGAGACCUGAUGCCCUGUAUAGUGACAAAACGGACAGCUACCAGUUGACUCCGUAUUCCAGUGUCCUCAAGUAAGGCAUUCCAAUGGCGGAAUUCCGCUGACGUCCUCAUCGGCGUUUUAGCGGGUUCUUCGGCAGCGGGGUUACCAAGUGACCGGCGGGUUGUCGUUGAGUACCCCGCGCCUCCAAUUCGCGUAUGCGAUUAUGUAACCGACGGUUACUGUCAACAAGCACGUCUAAUUUCCUAGACAUGCACUCUGUGUGUUCGAUUAGCAGGGCCGCGACCAUGUCAAAGUUAUCCGACCGGUCACUGGACAGCGGUUCGCGCAAAUCCAUGGGAUCUCAGUUGGAAGUAGGUUUAUUACCCUCAACACGCAGUGGUUCCCAUGAUAGUGGGGUGUCGUUGGAGUCAUUCGCAUCUUCAUUGUUGUCAUUUAUUUUCAAGGAGUCAGGUAGUGUAACUUACAGGCGAAUAUAUCCAUUCUCCACUGAAGUAGUACAAUGCUUUAUUCAGAACAGACUUACGUUCCCGCGGAGGAUUUUUGCGAGUUGUCUGGCUCAGCAGUCUCUACAAACGCACAGGAGACAGUUAAAUGAAUGUUAAUUUUGAUAGUAUGUGUACUGCGUGUUUGUAGGGCUCACGAGCACUGUUCGCAAGGACGAAAGGACAGUAAGUGGCCUCCUAAAAACUAUUAGUUGGUCCUACUAAGACGCAACGAGUUCCUUGUGGGAAGCAGGUAAACUCAAUGAAUGUAUUUGGUUAAGGUGCACAGCUGAUAGCACUGUCCAGCUCAACCGUAUACACCUUUACCAAAGGCGAUUGUUUUGGAUGGUCAAACUAAUCUGAAGUGUUUAGGAACUCAUGUGCUGAUGCGUCCAACGAGCAGUUGUCAUCAAUCCUUUUGUUCAGACAAACUAAAGGUUCUCCUGCUGGGCUGUUUUAAUACCUAUUCCACAUUAAAACCUGAUGAAUCCCACCGCCAGUGUUAAAAUAACAGCAAACUACAUCGAAUCGAUAGAUAUAUCGGUCUGCAUUCUCGGCCUAAAUGAGCUACCUCGGCGAGUAUGAGCCUCUAGGUGUCACGUGGACUACACUAAUUUGCUUAGCAGGCGUUGCCUGCGGCACUAGGAAAUUGUAUUAAAUUCUUCUCGCCCAAGCGAACUGUUUGAAGCCUCUGUGCUGUCGGCACGAGUCAUACGCCAGAUCAAGAAGCAAAUUGAUUUGACAACGCCAUUCGGGACCUGUAGCCAACGGCUAGGCAUCCCAAGAAAUAUAAGUUGAAGUCAAAGGCGUUCUUUGGGAAGAAGGAACUUUAUUGCGUAAAUUUUCGACGCCGGUUCCCCGAGUCGUCGUCAGACGCAGACUGAGGGUAAAUGUGUCGAUAACAGUUAACAUUUGGCAGUGCGCCUGAAAAAUUUAUAAUCAUGGGCUUUUGCUCCCGUGAACGGCCGCUAUCUGUGUCAUUCUCUCCGGAUUGGCUCUCGUCUCUUCGAUUUCUCCUUGGGACUUUUGUACGCGGCGUCCAACUCGAUAUGACGGUUGAUGCACGAUUCAUCCGAGUGCAUCACCUCAAGGAAAUCUCGGCCUUUCUUGAAAGGGCAGGCACCGACAAUCCGUGUUCUGUCCUAAGCAAACGUGUGCCUUGUGUCCAGGGUAUGCAUGGCUACUUGAGACAGGUGAUCUCGCCUCUUUACUGCAAGUUGGUGUUCGUGAAUGCGUGUAGAGGCUGAUUUUCCUGUUUGACCACAAUAAACUGCACCACAGACCUCACACGGGAUCUUGUAGACGACUUCCUUUCUAUCCAAAUAGCCGACUCUGUCUUUAGGGUGUACUAUCUGAGUACGUAGUGUAGUCGUUGGUCUGUGUGCCAUCAGAAUUUGGUGCCUCUUUAGGUGCCUUUCCACGAACCCAGACACGUUUUUCAUGUAAUGGAGAGUAUGCCGUUUAUUUGCCUUGGGUGCCUGACUGGAAGUUCUUCGUUCCGUUUCUUUUGAUUCUUCCUGUGUCAUGCAUCGGCGCACAAAAUCCUUGGGGUACCAAUUUCGGGAAAAUAAUUCACACAAGUAACUUAGUUCGGCUCGGUAGCCUUCAUUGUCCGAGCAGUGUUUUUGUCCGAUUAAUCAGGCAUUUGACCGUACUCCGUUUGUGGAAAAUGGGGUGGUUGCUCUCGUAGUGUAGAAUGACAUCCGCAUAAGUCUCUUUGCCGUACACCGAUGUGCGCAAUGUUCCAUCAGUCUUCUGCUACACGGGAACAUCUAAGGAGAGGAGUUUUUGUCAACUUCUUUCGCAAGUGUGAAUUUAAUUUCCGUCAUUACUGAGUUGAUAGUCUUGUGGCUGCGGUACGUGGACGGCACCCAAGCCAAAUAAAUGGCGUACUCUCCCUUACACAAGAAACGCCAAGUCAGCGAGGAGGGACAAUAAAUAAUGCGGGUAGAUUGGUACAGUACAGUUUCGGGCUUAUUCUGCCUUCAUUCAACCAAUCAUAACCCUGACCAGCAGCGGGGACCAGAAACACAAACAUGCGCACAGGCCCAUUUGACGCGGUUGGUCCACCACUGGGGUCUACCAGAUGGGUCAUAGGCACUUCGUCAAACCGAAGUUUUGCUACGAGCUGGGCGGCAGGACAAGUGUGCAAUUCGCAAAAGUUUGGUGCGAUAAUAGUUAUCAUUUUUACACAUAUGCCGAAAAAAGAAAAUAUCACCAAAAUCCGUCAAAGUGAAGUCGGCCAAAUCCAGGGUUAUGAUUGGCUGAAUGAAUACUGUCUACAGCCUGCUAAACCGAGCUAAAACACACUGCUCUGAUGAAGAAAGUUAUCAAGCAGAAAUGAAAUACCUUUUCAAAUUAUUUUCCCACAACAGGUACCCGCGCGACUUUGUGCGUCAUUGCAUGAAACAUGACUUGGUGUUCACACCAAAGCCGUUUUGAUACCAAGUCAGUAGGUUCCCACAGUCACCCUGAAAGCCCGUGUUGGUGAGGAAUUGCCAGUUCUGACAAGCGGAGCCCAGCGACCUUUCACUAUUGUCACAUUGAGAGACAAGUACAAAACGAUCCCUUAGACGGUUAUUUGAAGGGUCGCCAAACCUCAUCGGCCAUUCCACUCACCAGCGAUGGAGCUUAUAAACCGGUUCUUGCUGCAGCUAGUAAAACGCAUUUAUCGUGCUGGCCGACAGAUGGUGCUUGCGCAUAGAUGAGAAUGCCGUAGAUGCUGACAAAGUGCUCCCUUGGGUCGUACGUACUCCAACCCGUUCCUGACGGGUGCGACGAGGUACAUAUUUCGCCUCUUCUGAAGGGACGACCUCAUUUGACAGAAGCGUCGCUUAAGUUGUCGUUACAGUGGGAAGAAUUGCAGUUCGUUGGGGGAAUCCUGUGUCCCGGGGGUUCGGAUAUUGGUAUUAGAUUCUGAGCAGACAGCAGGCCUCUACUUUUUAUUGGUGAAGACUACGUAUUGAGUACAAGGACACAGGAACGUUCGCAUACUCUGACAUCUAGUACUGAGGGUCCUACUUCGACGAAGUUAUCCAGCUCGCGUACUAUCCGCCCACACCACUGGAACAGGACUGUGACGGGCUCCGGUUUCCGGGGACGCCGUAACGUGUAUCGCAAUACCAUAAUCAGACAUUUCCUUAAGAUUUCUUAAUAAUUUUGCGCAUUGGCGGAUUCUCGAUGGUUGCUCAGAUUAGUUUUACAAGAUUGUUUGCUCUCCCUCCUUGACUAAACCGAAUCUAACCACAAAGCAACGACGGUAGUCGAAAUUUGUCGCGGGCUCAUGAUCGCCAUGCCAUCGUUGUCACUGACCUUGACGGUAUUUUAUGAGGUAACCUCCCGGCCCGCCGUGCGCUGAUAGUGCCUUCCUGCAACUUAUUAAUCAGAGCCGAGAGUCCACUUAUUCUCCCCUAGUAGUCCCCACCGACGGCCGCUUUUUAUCUAUUGUGGACGCAUCGGAUUGCCAGCACUGACUGUUAGACCGUACACCGCGAUAACUGUAACUAUGACACAUGUCCGCACCAUAAAGCUGCAUAUAUGUUAUCCUAAGUGACGCCUCUUCCUACCGCCCAAUGUACUUUGUGUCCUGUUCACUCGAAGCGACGACUCCAUGUCGCCCAGAGUCUUUGAUAGGGAUGAAAUAAUUUCUCAACGCCUGAAGCUUUGAUGCUGCAUAAUGUUAUAAUGGCUUGUAUAACGCAAUGCAUGCCUGGUUGGUGUCUUGGUUGUCGGAUCGCCAGGAAAGCUCUCCCACCCCAGCAAGCGAUACGCACUUCCCUUCCUUCCGGCGCAAACAGCUUACACACCUGUCAUCCGGCUUAAUGGUUAAGAUCCAGACCAUAGAAAUUCGUGACAAAGAAGCUUAAAUUACAUCAUUAUCCAGAGACUUGGUGUAAAUGUAGUCUACUUGCAUUUUGGUGGAUGGCCGCCCCGCAACACAGUUCAGUCAGAGUAUCGGGUGUCUAUUCUCCCCAUCCAGAUGUUACUACUGCCACUGGUCCGUGGCUGCUUUUUGUCAGGCGUGGGUUUGUCACUCUUUUUUGUUGACUUUUCUGAACACCGUUCUCCGUGGCCGCACCUACUAAUCAAGGGCGUUCACCGUCGUCCUCGUUCGAGUAAAGGCCAUUCGUCCCUCCUAGAAGGUUUGACUGUAUCGCAGCCCAGCAGUUUAUAUCCGUAUACCCGCUAAUAUGUCUAUUUUUUGCUCCCUUCUAACAUCUGUCACUUAUCAGGCAAAUAUAUUUUAGUCUUCUGUCUCUUCUAUCCCUCUUAGGAAGUUAUGGAUGACCUUGGGUUGCCUGAAGACUAUCAACCACCAGAAGUACAACCUGUUACCCCUCCACUUGUCGAAGACUUCGAGAUACCCUCAGACGAGGAGCUAAUUGAGGAACAGGGAGAACUCGAGGACAACUUUGUAGAACUCGCGGGUGGUCCUCACGUGCGUUCUGAUCAUGAGGAGGAGGAAGAAGAGGACGCCUACCACCCCUCCAGCUCGCAGUUCAAAAAGCCCGCCCCUCCCUCCGUCUUGGGGCAAACGUCAAAUCUACAUAUUAACAAAGUUAAAAUGAUGGAACGGUUUCUAUUUGGUGCUGAAUCAGCAGACACGGAUUCUUUUGCCCUUGACCAUAUGGCAAGUAAUCAAGAUGCGGCCGCACCUUCGACCACCACAGCGUCUGUUCGCAAGGGUAGGCCACUGAAUGAACAGGAGGAACUUCUUGAAAAACAGUUUGACAGGGUAAGCUGGGUGGGUCGUAACACAUUCCCACAAAACCGUCCUCGAGGCAGUCUUUGAUAGCUGGUUGAAGUGCUCAUUGUGGAUACUGUUUUGCAACCGAAAGUUCUCAAUCCUUGGGUAGCAUCGCCUAAACGAUUUUUCGCCCUGUGUAAAACCUUUAAGAAUACGUCUUUAGUAGCGUAUAUUUUUUAUUCCUGAGCCUGCUUCCUCGUUUAGCUCCUUAGGAAGUCCAAGUCCCGGACAGGAUACGAUGGUCGGUCCAUUAUGUCUGGCGCAUCUGUAAUGAGUGAGAGCCUCCAGUCAGCCGUUCAGGGAGAUGAACUUAUGCUACGGAAAAGGUUGGAUUUUUUCGUUCUUCUGCCUUUUAUCUUCUAAUCAAGUUGACCAAUAGUGCCAUCGUAUGAUUUCACUGCAAGUAUUUCUCAGCCAUUAGUCACACUAACGUCGACAUUUUUAGAGGAGUAAUUAUGCGACGCAUUGCGCCACGUUAGCAGCCUUUAGUCGUCAAUACUCUCUAAACUUGAAUUGAGGAUGCUCAUUUAUGUAGCAUGCACUUUGUCUUGUCAUCCGCAGCUGUGCACAGCGGUAUUAUGUUUCCACAUUGUACGCUCUUUGAGAAAACUACUAAAGCAUUAUUACUAUUAUUAUUAUUAUCACUAGCUGAGUCAGCUUGGCCUCUAGUAUGUCAACAAAAUGUAAUAUCUGGACUUUGUUGACAAGCAACUGAACAGGCCGGCCCAUAUCUUUACCGCUGGUCGUUUGUACUUCCCGGUUUUACUGUCGUUAUUGUUAUUUGUCAUGACUGCGAAGAGUCGACUGAUAUCCUAUAACAUGUUGAAUCUGGCAGUCUCAUUGCUGUCUUUCUCGAUUACAACGUUUUGAAAUUUCGACAUACAUCCCUGAUUGACUUUAGGUGUCCCAAGAAUGACGAUUUGGGCGAACUGGAUUCCGAAGCAAAGUCUGCAACCUUGAGGUAUGUAGCUGAGCUUCCUGAACACAAUGACGCAGUGGAUCCCCUUCAGCAGUGGAUUGGUCCCCCCAAGCCAGACGUGGGCUCCGCAACUUCUCCAGGUUUGUUAGUGAAACCGUGCAUUCUUUUUUCCCUCCAAAUUAAAUGCCUUUUACCACCAGUGUACAAUGGCGUCGAAUUUACUGUUUGUGUGGAAUUUAAUCGUUGAAAAAUCGCACGAUAAAUUAGAAAACACUUUCACUCUAUGCGUUCUAUACAACAUCGCCUGUUUUAUAAGCGGAUCACCCGUAGACUGGUCUGGAGCUCUCAUGGACGCUCACACAACAUAAGUUCGUGUCUCAUCUGACAAGGUGUUUGUCUCAAUAACGAAAUCUAGGUUCAGAAUGGCUGGUGUUCCGUUCCAAGGUCGGAGUUUAGUUUACCGAUUAUUGCGAAUACAAAUAAGGCAGAAAUAUCAACUGCAGUCCUCCUUCCUUCUACUUCUCUUCAUUCUUUUAAAAGGCUAUGUAUUAUUCAUACUUUGUUCAGUCAAUUUUUUAGACGCCAACUAUUGGAGGAUUCCGUCGUCAAAUUAUUACUACUUAGGAACUUGAUCACAAGAAAACCCAGCUGACAUAAAAGACGUAAGCCAUGACGUAAACACCGAACAUAUGUAGAACGGAAUACUGGCAUGUACAAGGGGGACUGGAGUGACCAUUUUGACUUAUUAUCCGUUGUUACUGCUGUGAGGCCAGUAUGUCCCGUAACUGGGUUGUUGUAAACCGUCUAGUGCUAGUUAUUGAUUCCGAACCCCACCGACAGAACAAGAUGCCCGUGGCCCCAUGGCAGAACUUUGGACAGAAGAUCCAACAAGCCCAGUUCGGCUUCGAAUAGCAAGACUUGCAAACCCGGGUUGGUGCAUGGCCAGCUGACGAGAGUAGCUAAGAAGUCAGGACUGACCAUCCCUGUGUCUCUUGUCUUUGUCAGUACUCCUCCCCGCAUAAUUCGCUAUGCGACUGCCUUCGAGGACUCUAAAUGGAGCUUCAAGGUGCAGUGGGACAGGCCGCCUCGCAACCUGGUGACCGUCUACACUAAUCGUACAUUUUUAUUACUGUCUCCCUCAUGACUUAUUUCUUCACUAAAUACCAAUUUAUCGCACUCAUUUGCUUUUUUGAAUAAGUGUGUCCCUCCGGCGAUGUGAUCCAACCUCCUCUCCUGCAGCUACCCCGCAAGUCUGGGAGCAAGAAGUCCGAUCCCUCCAGACAUGAGGCCACCUCUUCCUUGGACGAGUCCGACGAAGAGGAUGAUAACGAGGACGAGACCCUUCCCAUGCCUGUUCCGUUGGCAAGAAUGAAGAAUGAGACGCCGGAGGAACGAAGAGCCAGGAAAAAUGCGCUCAAGACCUAUAGGCGGGAAAGGAAACAGAUUAAAAAACACAACAAGCUGAACUUCCGUAAAGAUCUCUUAAAUGCCAAGGCCACCGGCCAGAUCCGAAUAUCACACCUAGAGUAG